AUGGCUGCGCUCAGAGUGUUUAGUCGUAAUAUACCGUAUUUACGACAACAAUUUUCAGCUUUACUAGGAAACACAUCGCCGUCUGUCAAGUUUAUAUGUGUUGUUGUGAUUAUAGGCUAUAUUUUGUCAUUUUCUGAAGAUGCCGUGGACAUUCUCAGUGUUACACCAGGAUAUUUGUUGCCACCUUCUUUUCAAUUGUGGUCUAUUUUCACAUUCUGGUUUCUCGAGAUACAUUUGUGGGAGGUGAUUAUUGACAUAGUGACGGUUGGAUUAUGUGGAAAAUUAAUAGAGCCCCUAUGGGGGCAAAUGGAAAUGAUGAAAUUUUUUUUUCUUACCAACAUUGGGGUAGCAUUUUUGACAACAUUCUACUAUUUGCUAAUAUACGCAUGGACUCAAGAUACUUCACUCUUAUUUGAUAUAUACGUACAUGGUCUAGCUGGUUAUAUAGCAGCUGUUUGUGUGGCUGUGAAGCAGAUAAUGCCGGAUCACCUAUUAAUAAAAACUCCAUUAGGUAAACUAACCAACCGAUCUUUGCCAUUACUAAUACUCAUAGCAGCGAUAAUUUUAUGGGCUGUGGGUGAGUUAGAAGGUACAUAUCCUUGUAUGUGGGGCAGCGGGACCCUACUUUCAUGGAUAUAUCUAAGAUUUUGGCAGCGCCAUAGCAGUGGUUCUAGAGGAGAUAUGGCAGAUAAUUUUAGCUUUGAUAAUUUCUUCCCAACAGUUUUGCAGCCAGUUGUGCGAGGUAUCAUAGGGCCUGUACAUAGAUGUUGUGUGCGUAUAGGUGUGUGCUCUCCAAGUCCUCGGCGCGUUCAUCUUGCAUUAAGUCCACGAGGAGUCACCAUUUCUAUGCCAGGGGUUGAGCCACAGGAUAUGGAGAGGAGACGUCAAAUUGCUCUAAAGGCAUUAAGUGAGAGAUUAUCCAAGACAUCAGAACAGACUCGUCAAAAGAAUCUAUCGGCUAAAGUUAACAUGGAGGCUGUAAGGAAGAUACAGUCAUCGCAUGUCAUACCCCAGUUUCCUACAGAGGCAGAGAUUCAAACCCCUGCCCCGGCUGAAGCGACUUUAAUCGACAUAAGCACUGAGCCGGCACCCCCCACUACAAAAACAUCG